AAAUACGCGCUUCCUAUUGGUCCAAAAUUUAUCCCUCGGAUAGCCAAAUAUGAGAAUAACCGUCGAUGAAUACGACGUCGUAUCCGUUAUCCUUUCUUCCUUUCUUUCUGUUUUCGUCUCAGCGCUACGACCUCUGUGCAGACUGCCUAGCGCCACAAACCCAAUGAUGGGGUUGCAGAGUACAUCCAUUCGAACCCUAAAACUGGCGGCGCUCCCUGUGUUAAUUUCUUCUUCUUCACAAUUCGUUUUCCGGACAGUAACCAAAACCCUAACGGCGGCUCUGGUUUCCCGCCAGAGACCUCGCUUCACUCUGCUUGCCAGGGCUCUCUCAGCUCAAGCCGUUCAAGCCGCUCCUGCCGCAGAAAUCUCCGACAAUAAAGUUCUGAGGCCGCAGUGGAGAGCGGCAAUAGAUUUCAAGUGGAUAAGGGACAAUAAGGAAGCGGUUGCUGCUAAUAUUAAGAAUAGGAAUUCAAAUGCCAAUCUGGAGCUUGUGCUUCAACUUUAUGAUAAAAUGUUGAAUCUUCAGAAGGAAGUUGAGCGGCUUCGAGGGGAGAGGAAUGUGGUUGCAAACAAGAUGAAAGGAAAAUUGGAACCAUUGGAGCGUCAAAAGCUCAUAGAAGAAGGAAAGAAUCUGAAGGAAGGGUUGAUGGCUUUGGAAGAAGACCUCAUCAAACUAAGAGAUGAGCUUCAGGGAGAAGCACAGUGUAUACCGAAUAUGACUCACGCAGAUGUUCCAAUUGGUGGAGAGGAUAGUUCGAAAAUUAGGAAUUUGGUUGGUAGCCAACAUGAGUUCAAGUUCCCUGUCAAGGAUCACCUUCAACUUGGAAAAGAACUUGAUCUUUUUGAUUUUGAUGCUGCUGCUGAGGUAAGUGGUUCAAAAUUUUACUACCUGAAGAAUGAAGCAGUGAUGCUGGAGAUGGCCCUUAUCAACUGGACACUCUCAGAAGUCAUGAAAAGGGGCUUCACACCACUAACAACCCCAGAAAUUGUUAGAUCCUCUGUUGUUGAAAAAUGUGGUUUCCAACCUCGUGGAGAGAAUACUCAGGUUUACUCCAUUGAGGACAGUGACCAGUGUCUCAUAGGGACUGCAGAGAUCCCUGUGGGGGGAAUUCAUAUGGAUUCUAUUCUUCCUGAGUCAUUGUUGCCCUUGAAAUAUGUUGCAUUUUCUCAUUGUUUUCGAACUGAGGCUGGUGCUGCUGGAAUGGCAACUAGGGGUCUUUAUCGAGUCCAUCAGUUCAGCAAGGUGGAAAUGUUCAUUUUAUGCCGAGGAGAGGAAAGUGAUUCCUUUCAUGAGGAGCUUAUAAAACUUGAAGAAGAACUCUUCUCAUCUCUAGGAUUACACUUUAAAACUUUGGAUAUGGCUACAGGAGAUUUGGGUGCUCCUGCUUAUCGCAAAUUUGAUAUAGAGGCAUGGAUGCCAGGUUUGGGACGGUAUGGUGAGAUAUCUAGCGCAUCAAAUUGUACAGACUACCAAAGUCGCCGACUUGCAAUCCGAUAUCGUCCCUCAGAAUCACAAUCAACAACAAAUCCUAAGAAAGGCAAAAGCAAUCUUGCACCAACACAAUUUGUUCACACACUAAAUGCAACAGCCUGUGCAGUCCCUCGGAUGCUGGUGUGCUUGCUGGAGAAUUAUCAGCAAGAGGAUGGGUCUGUUAUAAUCCCGGAUCCAUUGAGGCCUUUCAUGGGAGGGAUUUCGCAUAUUUCUCCUAAAUUCAGAUAAAAUAUUAUUACUUGUUGGAAAUUUCUUGCAUCGUCAUGGAGGCUUAGCUUUUACGUGUGCAAAUUUACAUGUUUUUUGCACAAUAAAUGGGCAAAAAGGAAAAGAAAAGAGGAACUGAAAAUAACUUUUGGAGGAAAGUUGAGGGAAAAAAUUGACAGAAAUGGGCUCUUCUAUUUAUGAA